CACGCGCCUCUAUCCUCUCCUCUUCUCUCUCUUUCUCUGUAAAGCCGCUAAAACAAAAACCGCCUUCCCAUUCCCCUUCUCGGCUGUCGUUUUUCUUAUAUCUAAAAAGAAAACGAAAGUGGGAAAGAGAGAUAAAUUAAGGAAAAGGUGAGGCAAAACCUAUACAACCAACAACAACAACAACAACAACAACACACCCUCACUCCUCACCCCCUUUUUCGCUCUUGUUUUCACCUCCUUUCUCUCUCUCUCUCUCUACGAUGCUCCCUCUCUGAUUCUUGGCUGCCGAAUCUAGCAACCCUUUGUAUCCCUUCCCCCCAUUUCACACUAAUUUUUGUUCUUUGCCCAUUUCACUGCUUGAAUGAUAAAGGGGUUGCUUCCUUCCUCUCUUCUUCCCUUCUUUUUCGCUACUCCACCUGCAUCUGAGGCUUCUCCAUCGAAUCUAGCGCUACCCCAUUUUCAGCUGCCUCUCCGGGUGCCCUUUUUCAAGUUCUUCAUUUUUUGACCACUCUUCGUUAUGGAGGGACAAACGUCGUGGAUUAGGCAUUGCCACAAUGACAUGUCAAGGGAUCUUGAAGAUUUUGAUUCUUACUUGGAUUUCACAAACGAAGGAGGCAAAGAGGCUGUAGUAGCAGUUUCUGUGGAGUCAAUCCUGCCCGAUGACUUGUUGGAACGUAUUCUGUCGUAUCUACCAAUAGCAAGCAUUUUCCGAGCUGGUUCUGUGUGCAAAAGAUGGCAUGAUAUAGUUAGUUCGAGGAGGUUUUUGUGGAAUGUCUCACAUAUCAUAUCACAAAAGCCUUGGUAUUUCAUGUUUACGAGCUCUGAUGAGCCUAUUGGCUAUGCCUAUGAUCCGGUUCUUAGAAAGUGGUAUGCGAUCGAUCUCCCCUGCAUCGACAAGUCAAAUUGUUUUAUUGCCUCGUCAUGUGGCUUGGUUUGCUUCAUGGACAACGACAGUCGAAAUGAGUUACAUGUCUGCAAUCCUAUUACGAAAUGCUCAAUGAAAUUACCGGAGCCGUUGGGAUCGAUGUUCUCUGAUUAUAGUGCACUUGCAAUCUCCGUAAACAGGGUUUUUCACAACUAUACAAUCUCGGUUGUGAAAUCUAAGCAAGUUCCUGGAAACUUCUUUCAAUGGGAUAUAUCAAUUCAUAUAUAUGAUUCAGAAACAAUGAUGUGGGUUACCUCCUUGACUGAAGUCUUGUCGGGGUGGAGAGGUGGCGACGAGAGUGUGAUUUGCGACGGAGUUCUUUACUUUUUGAUCUAUUCAACCGGGGGUGGGGCGCCUGAUAACCGCCACGGUCUUGUUUCUUAUAAUAUUUCCAACCAUUCUUCUCAUGGUCUGUUGAUAAGAAGCUUUAUUCCAGCUCCCUGUUCUCUCACUUGUGGUCGAUUGAUGAACCUUAAGCAGAAGCUGGUCAUGGUCGGAGGGAUUGGUAGACAGGAUAGGCCCGACAUUAUUAAGGGGAUUGGAAUUUGGAUUCUUUGCGGGAAGGAAUGGCGAGAAAUCGCACGCAUGCCACAUAAGUUCUUCCAGGGAUUCGGGGAAUUCGACGAUGUUUUUGCGAGCUGUGGCACUGAUGAACUUAUUUAUAUCCAGAGCUAUGGAGCUCCAGCUUUACUUACUUUCGACAUGAAUCUAAAACAAUGGAGAUGGUCGCAGAAGUGCCCGGUGACAAAGAGAUUCCCGCUCCAGCUUUUCACAGGCUUUUGCUUCGAACCAAGGCUCGAGAUCAAUCCCUGAGAGUCUCGUUUCUUCUCACAGCUGGAUUUGUGUGUUGUUAUGAGCUGAAAUUUGGUUGAUUUUGUUUGUAUUUGCUUUAUCUGUUGCACAAUCUACAUUGCAAGGAAGGAGUAUAUACAUGUAACUGCAGAUAAAAGCUGCAUGCAUAUGCAUUAUUCAUGAAUGAGAAUAGAAUUCUUUACAUAGGAAAAUACUAUACUCAACUAAAACUGCUUACAAUC